AAGCUGUUAGCAAAGUAUAAGAUUCUUGCAAUCUAUAAGAUUCUUGCAAAGCUGUUAGCAAAUUGCCUCAGGAAAGUACUUGACAAGAUCAUAGGGGAGCAGCAGAUGGCGUUUAUAGAAGGCAGACAGCUGAUGGAUGGAGUGGUGAUUGCAAACGAGGUAAUAGACGAAGCGAAAAGGAGGAGAAUAAAGAGCUUUUUAUUCAAAGUUGACUUUGAAAAAGCUUAUGACAAGGUGAGCUGGGAUUUUGUUGAUUAUAUGCUAAUGAAGACGGGAUUCACAGUUAAGUGGAGAAAGUGGAUAAGGGAAUGCUUGCAAUCGAUGGAGAAAAACUUGUUCAAAGGGGUGAGGAUCGGUAACGGAAGCAUAGCAGUAUCUCAUCUCCAGUUCGUUGAUGAUACAUUAUUUUUUGGGGAGGCUUCGGAAGAAAACAUACAGGUAAUCAAAUGCAUUUUGAGGACUUUCGAACUUGCUUCGAGGUCGAAAAUCAACUUUGGAAAAAGUCAGAUAAUGGAGAUUAGAACCGAUGAGGGCUGGAAGGAGAGAAUGGCUUGUAGACUGUGCUGCAAAGAAGGAGAUCUACCUUUCAAGUAUCUGGGAAUACUAGUAGGAGGGAAUCACAGAAAGUUAGCAUUGUGGAAGCCACUGUUGGAAUCUUUUAAGAAGAAAUUAGCUAGCUGGAAAGGCCAAAAUUUAUCCCUAGGAGGUCGGAUCACGCUCUUAAACUCUGUGUUGUCCAGUUUACCUGUGCAUCUAAUGUCGGCUUACAAAAUCCCCAAAGGUACUCUAUAUUCCUUAGAUAAAAUACGUAGGAAUUUUUUAUGGGGAGGGUUGGGGGAGGAGAAAAAAAUUAAAUGGGUUAGUUGGGAGAGGGUGUGUAGGAAGAAGGAGUUUGGAGGCCUGGGAGUGAAAGACCUAAGAAAGUUUAAUUUGGCGUUGAUGGGAAAAUGGUGGGGACGGUUAGUGAAAGGGGAAGAGGGGCUUUGGUGGAAAGUUAUAAAGGGAAAAUAUGGAGAUAACGGAGGACAGUGGAUGGACUAGGUGAGAGAUGGAAGAGGAGUAGGAUCACUUUGGUGGAGAGACCUACAAAGUCUCAAUGUGGGGGAGGACGGGAAUGAGGGAUGGUUGACGGAGGGAUUUAGAAUGAAGAUAGGUGAAGGGA